ACUCUGAUAUAUUGUUCACCCCUGGUAUAAUUUCCAGAUUUAUAAAUAUUCGAAGAGCAGGGGGAUAAUUGUCAUUUUAAGCGUUGUGCGAUGCCAGCCGAAGUCCGGGACAGCCUGUGAGUGUUCAGGAUCGGGCUGAGAACAGGAGCGAACCCUCGCGGGAUUAGCAGGCGGAUUACCAGGCAGGACUAGCAGCGUUUGCGAGGCAGGGGCCGCAACAAAAGACCCUCUACGCCUCCGAAGUGACGCCAUUUUCUGUGCGAAUAAAGAGCAGGUGGGGCACGGCGGAGAUACACCCGAUAAAGCGACACAUAACAGCCACCGAGCAGCCAGGAUGAGCAGCCUGAUCAACUUCCUCAACCCCAAGCUGAAACCCUCCGUGGAGAGCGAUGCCGUGUGCGAGGACGGGUACACUGCGGCCAAUCUGGUGGCGGACGACAUAGAGCAGCUGGAAAGGGGGUUCAUGUGCUUCGCCGUCUGCAAGCCGCCCAUCGAGAUCGUCUUCGACUUCCCCAAGGCGGUGGACAUGAAGGUCAUCAAGUUGUGGCCCUCCUGCGGAGCGCUCAGAUCCACCGCAUUCGAGCUGCAUGGACGACACGAUGGCAUCUGGGAACGGGUGGCCUUUGUUCGCGACCUGGGACGUGGCGUGGACUCGGUGACCUUCUGCUACCAGAGCGACUACAACUCUCGCAGCAGCUCGAACUCGGAGCAGAGCGAGAAGGUGUUCUUCUUCAAGUCCGCCCACAAGAUCCUGGCCAGCACGAAUAGCGUCAAGGUGGUCAUCCGGGCCACGGAGAGGUGUCCUCCUGUGCUGCGUAAGGUUCAGAUGUGGGGACUGCCCGCCCGUUCCCUGGACAAAGCUGAUCGGGAGCUGGUCAAGACCAUAUGGAGCGAGAUAAGCGAUCCCUACGGCCAGCGGGAUGCCGCCCAGACGCCCACGGGCCAGAGGUCACCACCGCGACAUGUUCCCGAGCUGCGGGAGCAGUCCACACUCUCCAUUCCCGAGGAGUUCCUCGACUCCAUCACCUGGGAGCUAAUGAUCUUCCCCACCGUGCUGCCCUCUGGAAAAGUGGUGGACCAGUCCACCAUCGACAAGCACGCCGAGGAGGAGGCCAAGUGGGGCCGCCAGCCCUCUGAUCCCUUCACAGGCCUGGAGUACAAUGCGCAGCGCAAGGCCAUCCUUAACUUGGCCCUGAAAGCGCGCAUUGAGAAGUUCCUCAUGGAGCACUCGGAGCACUUCAAGGCGGUGCCGCGCAGCCUGGGAACUUCUCGCCUACGUCGCCGCCACGCCUCGCAGUUCGCCAGCAGCACCUGCCAACCCGGACAGAUCAGUCCAGCUGCCGGAACCUAUUCGGCGCUGAGCAACGCCUACAAGCAGCAGCAACGGAAGAGCAGGGCAACCGCCACGGCCACCUCCUCAUCGGCGACUUCCCCAGGGGGAUCACCACACUCUCCGCCGGCGGCCAAGAGGGCCAGGCACAGUCAUCAUGGCAGCAGCGCCUGUGCCACCGUUACCUCGGCCACAACCUCCAUCGACCAGGCCAUUCAGCAGGCGCUGCAGAAGGUCACACGCUUCAGCCAGUUGGCCUCGAACUCUAGCGCCGGAUCCGGAUUAAGUGCUCCUCCCGCCAGCUGCAUAAACUGCCGGAGCGCCCAGUUUGGCUAUGAGAUCCGCACCUGCCGCCACCUGGUCUGCCGGGAGUGCCUGGUGCUCCUCUCGCGCGACCAGCAGUGCGUCUGCAAGGUAUUCUUCCGCGGAGCCGAUGUUGAGCGCUACCACAAGCUGGAUCCUUAAGAGCUUCCCCCGUCGACCGUUGCAAUAAGUUUGGUUCUCCCCCGUUCGGUUCAGUUUGUAAGCCAGUCAAUCGCUUUAGCCCCUAGGCCUCGUCUACGUUAGUUUAUAGUCAUAUCAAAGUCGGUCUGGUUCGGUUCUGGUCGCAGAAUCGCAAUUUCGCAGAGAAGCCAAAUGUGUACACGCGCGAGUCUUUACCGAUUCGUCGGCAGUAUGUAUCAGUAUCAGGUCACGUUUAGUCAUAGAGCAGAUUACAUAUUACAGAUUACAGAUUACGGAUUACCGAUUAGCAAUAGAGAGUGCGCGCCUAGUUUUUGUAGACACUUUAUAUACAGUCCCCAAAAGACAGGAUCAGGAUCGUUCAGCGCGAGUUUAUAUAUUCAUACCAACUAUACCUAGAAUAAAGUACAAUAAAACUAAAGUCGAUUGUGUAAUCAAAGGAGAGCGACAGCGUUACCUUUUGCGAUUUGAUCAAAAUUGCUUUUGAAAUUUGUUUAAACGUUACUACUAUCACUUUUCAAUAAGUUCAAAUUGUCUAUAAAAAGUUUAAAUUUCAAAUAGUGUUUAAGACUACAAAGUUUUCGUUAGUAUUAAAAUUCAAUACCUAUUUA